CAUUCCCACUAAACGGGCGGACAAGACUUCACGCCCCAGUUUGCUACAAAUGCAUGGUCAUAUGCAGGAAAAAUUUAACAUCCGGGAAACGAAACAUGAGCAAAGACGUGGAAUGUUAGACUCUUUUCUUAAAUGCUGUAAUGAUGGAGUAAAGAGCACCAUGAUUGGUGGAUGCAAGGAAGAAGAAACACAAAACCAACGGAGACCUAGCGUUGGUUUCAGGAAUACGACGGACAUGCAUUAACAAUUGUGCUCUCGAAAGAGAACAAUACGCAGAUUAUAAGGAUUCUAUAGAUUUUCCCCUGUCGGUUUUCGUAUUAUGCAUGUUUCUUAAAAAGAUACCAGUUGUAAAAUAGCUCACAUCGGUGGAAAUAGCCAAAGCUGCACAAUGGUCGCUGGGUCGGGCGCUCUCAGACAAACUAAAGCUGCCGUACUUGUUUGACAGCUCGGCAUCCAAUGGCGAUGAGAAAAGAAUCGGUCGCGUUUCGCGACAGCCAAUGAAAAACGGAAAGGGGUGGGCCCAAUUCAUGUUAGGCUGCCGUCGCCUGCCUCCCAGCGCUAAACUUCACCAAAUAAUAGCUGUUUGUAUUUUGGCUGCCGCAGUAGCCAUUUUAGAUGCAACAAGGACUAGGAAAUAAUGAAAAUACAAAAGAAAGACAAACAGAUGUCCACCACCCAGUUAUUAAAGCACACUUCAUCCUCAGUAGCGUCUACUGCCACGGACCAAAAGGCACGAAGCCGCUUUCCCAGCGGUCCACCGAGCCUGCAGGAGCAGAGCCGGGGCCCCAGUGGGGUGACCAAUCACUGCAUGGCCCACAGCAAGCAGCUGAGCUUUGGGGAGGUGGGGCCUACCGCCGGCCGCCUCAGUCCCCGCCCACAGUCGAUGCCGCUGAACGGGGAGGAGGACGACGGCGGGGGCGGGGCCCGGGUCAAGAAGAAACGAAAGAAAAAAGAUAGGAAGGAGGCGGAGCCUUGGCAUAAGGGAGAGAAGGACCCCAAACCAAAGAAGAACAAGAAGGAGGCCAUCGAGGGCAAGGAGCUGCUCCCUCGGAGGUCCAAGGAGCUGAAGAAGGGGAGGGAGCCCAAGCUGGCUAAGGAACCCAAGAAAGUGAAGAAGUCACAGGAGGCCAGGGCCAAGUCCAAGCUGAAGGUCUCCCGCGACUGCAAGAGCACCCCCUCCCCACCGAAACAGCGCGGGCGCAAGGCAAAAGAGCAGGGCCCCGUGCCGCCGGAGAAGAAGAAAAAGGGCAAGAGGAAAAGCGACGCCCUGCAGGAGGCGGCGGAGAGCGACGAGACUGCGUCCCUCUGCGCACUGGCCACUGGCAACGAGGAGAGCAGUGACACCCUGGAUGGCACGAAACGUCGCUCCGGGCGGCAAGUGAAACGCAGGAAGUACAACGAGGACCUGGACUUCAAGGUGGUGGACGAUGACGGGGAGACCAUUGCCGUGCUGGGCACUGGCAGGAUUCAGGCUCUGUCCUCCGCCACCCUGGCCUGGCAGGCCGAGGAGCCCCCUGAAGAUGAAGCCAACAUAAUUGAGAAGAUCCUGGCCGUCCGUAUGGUGAAGAAGGAGGCAUCCCAGGGAGAGCUGCCCCAGGAGUUAGAGGAGUUCUACGUCAAAUACAGGAAUUUCUCCUACCUGCACUGUAAGUGGGCCACGCUGGUGGAGCUGGAGAAGGACCCGCGCAUCCACCAGAAGAUCAAGCGCUUCAGGAACAAGCAGGCCCAGAUGAAGCACAUCUUCACUGAGCCUGAUGAAGACCUCUUUAACCCAGACUACAUCGAGGUGGACCGUGUUCUGGAGGUUGCCCACACUACCGACACGGAGACAGGGGAGGAUGUGACGCACUAUCUGGUGAAGUGGUGCUCCCUGUCCUACGAGGAGAGCACCUGGGAACUCCAGGAGGACGUGGACCCCGGCAAGAUCCAGGAAUUCGAGGACAACAAGAAGAUCCCCGAGCUGAAGCAUGUGGAAAGACCUCUCCCAGAUCAGUGGAAGAAGCUGGAGCAGUCGCGGGACUAUAGGAACGGAAACCAACUUCGCAAGUACCAGCUGGAGGGCAUGAACUGGCUGCUCUUUAACUGGUAUAACAGAAAGAACUGCAUCCUGGCGGAUGAGAUGGGGCUGGGAAAGACCAUCCAGUCCAUCACAUUCCUGUACGAGAUCUAUCUGAUGGGUCUGCGAGGUCCGUUCCUCAUCAUCGCACCACUCUCCACCAUCACCAACUGGGAGCGGGAGUUCCGCACCUGGACAGAGAUGAACGCCAUCGUGUACCACGGCAGCCAGAUAAGCCGGCAGAUGAUCCUGCAGUAUGAGAUGUACCACCGGGACGAGCAGGGCAACCCGAUUCUGGGCACGUUUAAAUUCCAUGGGGUCAUCACCACCUUUGAGAUGAUCAUGGCCGACUGCCCCGAGCUGAAGAAGAUCCGCUGGCGGUGUGUGGUCAUCGACGAGGCACAUCGGCUCAAGAACCGUAACUGCAAGCUCCUCGAAGGGCUGAAGCUCAUGAACCUGGAACACAAGGUGCUGCUGACGGGGACUCCUCUCCAGAACUCUGUGGAGGAGCUCUUCAGUCUGCUCAACUUCCUGGAGCCGGUGCAGUUCCCCUCGGAGACGAGCUUCCUGGAGGAGUUCGGGGACCUGAAGACUGAGGAGCAGGUGAAGAAGCUACAGGCCAUCUUGAAACCCAUGAUGCUCCGUCGCCUGAAGGACGACGUGGAGAAGAACCUGGCCCCCAAAGAGGAGACCAUCAUCGAGGUGGAGCUGACCAACAUCCAGAAGAAGUACUACCGUGCCAUCCUGGAGAAGAACUUCACCUUCCUGGCCAAGGGCGCCAACCAGCACAACAUGCCAAACCUCAUCAACACCAUGAUGGAGCUGCGGAAGUGCUGCAACCACCCAUACCUCAUUACAGGUGCUGAGGAGAAGAUCCUGGAGAGCUUCAGGAAGACACACAGCUCCGACGCCUGGGACUUCCAGCUGCAGGCUAUGAUCCAGGCUGCUGGAAAGUUGGUGCUCAUCGACAAGCUCCUGCCCAAGCUGAUCGCCGGCGGCCACAAGGUGCUCAUCUUCUCCCAGAUGGUGCGCUGCCUGGAUAUCCUGGAGGACUACCUCAUCCAGAGGAGGUACACAUAUGAGCGUAUCGAUGGGCGUGUCCGGGGGAACCUACGCCAGGCCGCCAUCGACCGCUUCUGUAAGGCGGAUUCCGACCGCUUCGUCUUCCUGCUCUGCACCCGAGCCGGAGGCCUGGGCAUCAACCUCACUGCCGCCGACACCUGCAUCAUCUUCGACUCCGACUGGAAUCCCCAGAACGACCUGCAGGCCCAGGCUCGCUGUCACCGGAUUGGCCAGAGCAAAGCCGUGAAGGUGUACCGCCUGAUCACCCGCAACUCCUACGAGAGGGAGAUGUUCGACAAGGCAAGCCUGAAGUUGGGGCUGGACAAGGCCGUGCUGCAGGACAUCAAUCGCAAGGGCAGCCUCAACGGGGUCCAGCAGCUGUCCAAGAUGGAGGUGGAGGAUCUCCUGAGGAAGGGAGCUUACGGGGCGCUGAUGGACGAGGAGGACGAGGGUUCCAAGUUUUGCGAAGAGGACAUCGACCAGAUCCUGCAACGCCGCACCCAGACCAUCACCAUCCAGUCUGAGGGCAAGGGGUCCACCUUCGCCAAGGCCAGCUUUGUGUCAUCGGGGAACCGGACAGACAUCUCCCUAGAUGACCCCAACUUCUGGCAGAAGUGGGCCAAGAUCGCGGAGCUGGAGGUCGACUCCAAGGCGGAGAAGGAGAGUCUGGUGAUCGACACGCCCCGUGUCCGCAAGCAGACGCGCCACUACAACUCCUUUGAGGACGACGAGCUGAUGGAGUUCUCGGAGCUGGACAGCGACUCGGAGGAGCGGCCUUGCCGCACGCGGCGCCUCAGUGACCGCAACCGCCGAUACCUACGCGCCGAGUGCUUCCGGGUUGAGAAGAACUUGCUGAUAUUUGGCUGGGGCCGCUGGAAGGACAUCCUGACACAUGGACGCUUCAAGUGGCACCUGUCAGAGCACGACAUGGAGCUUCUGUGCCGGGCCCUGCUGGUCUACUGUGUGCGUCACUACAAGGGCGACGACCAGAUCAAGAGCUUCAUCUGGGACCUGAUCACUCCUACCAAGGACGGUCAUGACCAGGCGCUGGUCAACCACUCCGGCCUGUCUGCCCCCGUGCCCCGGGGCAGGAAGGGCAAGAAGCUGAAGAACCAGCUUUGCCAACCUGAGCUGAAGAAUGCAGAUUGGUUGUCAUCCUGCAACCCCGAGGUAGUCCUUCAAGACGAGAGCUACAAGAAGCACCUGAAACAGCACUGCAACAAGGUGCUCCUCAGGGUUCGCAUGCUCUACUACCUGAAGGUGGAGGUCCUUGGAGAGGCCGCUGCCCUGGCCAUGGAGGGCACCCCCGCUAGGAAAUUAGAAGUCGCCCUGCCUGACAUUGACUACGUGGAGAUCCCAGCUGGCUGGUGGGAUGCAGAAGCGGACAAGUCGCUCCUGAUCGGCGUGCACAAGCACGGCUACGAGCGCUACAACGCCAUGCGAGCUGACCCGGACCUGUGUUUCCUGGAGAGCGUCGGCAUGCCGGACGUGACUGCACUGUCGGCUGAGCAGGGCGGGGGAGAAGCCCUGGCCGACGUCACUGAUAGCGUCUGCAAGAGUGACGAGGUCAAAGACGAUUCCGAGGGAAAACCGGAGGUUUCUGGGGAGAACGAACAGCCUGAGGAAGAUGCAGUAUCCUUUAAUGAAAUUCUGGAGAAAGGUGAAAGCACUGUUCCAGCAGUGACCGUCUCAGAGAAUGCAGACCAGGGGCGGGCCUUGUGGCCAGCAAGCUCCGCCCUCACCGCUCGCCUGCGGCGGCUCAUCACUGCGUACCAGCGCUUCACCCGCCGUGAGCCAAUGAGGCAUGACUUCCUGGUGCCUGAGGGGACAGGGCCAAUGGCAUGGCAGUUCGGUGAGGAGUUCCGUCGGAGGGUGACUGAACCUGACCCGCUCUUCUUGGAGUGGCAACAAAGGUGGACGCGCCGCGAGCAGGCCGAUUUUUACCGCACCGUCUCCUCCUUCGGCGUUGUCUACGACCCGGAGAAGAAGGCCUUCGACUGGACGCAGUUCCGCUGCUUCGCACGGCUGGAGCGGAAGACCGACGAGAGCCUGGAGAGAUACUUCUGCAGCUUCGUUUCCAUGUGCCGCACGGCGUGCCGCCUGCCCCCGCGCAAGGACGAGGGGCCCGUGGACCCAGCGCUGUUUGUGGAGCCCAUCACGGAGGAGCGGGCCGCCCGCACGCUGUACCGCAUUGAGCUGCUGCGCAAGGUGCGGGAGCAAGUGCUGCGGUACCCAUUGCUGGGGCCGCGGCUGCAGCUGUGCCAGCCCAGCCUGUACCUCCCCGUGUGGUGGGAGUGCGGCAAGCACGACGGUGAUCUGCUGGUGGGCGUGGCCAAGCACGGCCUCAGCCGCACCGACUACUACAUCCUCAACGACCCGCAGCUGACCUUCCUGGAGGCCCACCGUAAUUACGUGCAGAAGGAGAGCCGCCGGUACCCCACGGCUGGUGUGCCCCCGAACACACACCCCCAGCACCCGCAUCCCUGCUGCCCCUACGAGGCGGGUCUUGGUCGCUGCCAUUCCCCGCAGUCGACAGAGUUCCAUGUAGGCCCCGCCCACCACAGCCACGCACACCUCCAUGGCCACGGGAUCCACAAUGUCCCUGAGGCGGUGGGCCCGGACAGUGUGGGGCCGCUGGGUGUGGGUUCAGCAGGCAGGGAGAGCUUCCUGGAUUGCCCCCCGCUGGACGAAUCGCUGGACCUGUCCUCCCUCCAGCACGACGGGCUGGCGUCGGACUCGCUGCACGGUAAACCCACCAAAGAGGCACUCAAUGGCUUCCCGUUCAACUCGGCCACGGCCGGACACAGCAUGCUGAACCCCUAUGGUGGCCAAGCCGACACAGACCCCAUCCCAGGCAAGCUGCGCAGCGAUGUGCUGGUGGGGGCACCAUGCCCCUGUGAGGAGACGGGCCUCAUCGCUCCCUCGGUCCAGCUGGAUGACCUGCAGGCGCCUUGGGACAGCGAGGACCACGGAGGCACAGCGGACAUGUUUGACGAGUCUGACACCAUCCUGGGGCCUCCAUCCCUGGAGACCGAGUUCUUGGAUCCGGGGCAGCCAGGCGAGGGCAGGGGGGACGGGGGGCUGGCCGACUGCCUCGGCAUGCCGGGCCCCGACUCGCAGGGCACUGCUGUGGAGCCACUGCAGCCCAGCUUCCUGCUCUUCAAGGAGCUGUCGGACUCCGGGCCGACGUCGGGGUCCGACUACGUGGCCCCUCCCGCCUCCCUGUCCGGCGUGAGCCUCCACCCCCGCGGGCCGGGCGACGAGCCAGAGGAGAAGCUCAGCGACUCGGACGUCACCCGCAGUGUCCCGAGCCCGGGCGAUGGGGUGGAGAGCGUGACCUUUGAGCUCGACAAGGAGGACCUUUCCCGUGACAGCCAGAGCCUGCUGGGUCCAGAACCGGGCCUGGAGCAGGAAAAGGACCAGGAUCAGGAUGAGAAUCCUGAGGAAGAUCAAGGCCUGGAACCGGAGCAGGAUCAGGGGCAUGAACACAGCCAAGGGGCCUCACUGGAGCCCGUGGAGGGGCGCUGUGACACCGGGGACGAGAGCACAUUGGGCGGCCAUGCGUUCCCCUCUGGCGAGUCCACGUCCCCCUCCCUGUCUGCUCCCUCCCCCUCCCUGGCCGUGCCUCUGGCUGACGCCCCCGUGGUGUCACAGUUCAAAUCUGAGUUCCCCCUGGAGACCCUGGAGCCAGACAGCACCAUGCCCUCCCCUAGACUGGAGCAGACCAGCAUGCUGGAGGUGAAGGAUGACAUCAAAGAGGAGAGACCCAAAACCCCAGCUUUGCUGGAGGAGUCCCGCUUUGCAGCUGCCACCCAGUCUGUGUGCGAGAUGCCCGACAGCCUGACGGAAGUGCGGGAGCCGACUAUCGCCCAGCUCCUACAGGAGAAAGCCCUCUACUCCUUCUCUGAUUGGCCCAAGGAUCGAGUCAUCAUCAACCGCAUCGACAGCAUUUGUCACGCCAUCUUGAAAGGGAAGUGGCCCACCUCCGGCCAGCAGUACGAGUCUCCCAGCUGUGCGCCCAACAGCGCCUCCCACAGGGCCGCCUACAUCCCUGCGAGGGUGCAGCCGCCUCAGAACCUCGGCUAUAACAUCUCCGCUCCUGUGUCCCACCUCCCCAAGGAGAGCUUGGUGGGUGUCCCGUUCCUGGCUGACCUGAAGCGGGGCCGCCGGGUGUUCGAGUACGAGGCGGAGGUACCCGGGAAGCCCUGCCCGGCGGUAGAGAAGAUCCCGGUGGGAAUGUCUCACCGGGCUGGGGCGCUGCUCCUCAAUGGCUGGCAGGAGGCGGCCAUGGACCUGUCCAAGGCGGGAGAGCUGGGUAUGGGAGGGGAGCCAGCGGCGCUGGGCCACGCCGGCCCUCACAAGCUGCCCCCGCUCGGCUCGAUGCAGAGCUCGCGCGGCCUGGACAUGGCCAGCAUCCUGCAGGCUGGCCUCAUCCACCCGGUUACCGGGCAGAUCGUCAACGGUAACCUGAGGCGGGAUGACGCUGCCAUGCGCAGGAGACGGGGUCGCCGGAGAAACGUGGAGGGGCUCGAGGUGGAUCUCCCCAAGAACAGAGAGCUGCACACACCUGACCCGCAGAGCGGACCGGAUGCCAUCAGCCAGUCUACGGUGUCGUCAUCGUCGUCCUCCACUCCACCGGAGAGGCCCCCCGUGGCCCCCCAGCCUGAGGGCCUGGUACUGGACCGGGAGGCAGCCAACAAGGGGCUCCUGGAGUGGCUGCGGCAGAAUCCCAACUACACCAUGGAGCUGUCGCCCUUCAGUCCGCCCCAAAACGUAGGCAUCCUCCACGGCUUCCUGGAAAGACCCAAGCAAAGACGACAUCGCUGCAAAGACCCCAGCAAGCUGGAUGCUAGCGCGCUGACUGGGGAGGAGCGGGUCCCCGUGGUACACAAAGGCACCGGCCGCAGGCUAGGGGGUGCUAUGGCACCGGCGAUAAAAGAGCUGUCUCGAUGGCUGGAUGCUAAUUCUGAUUACUGUGUGGCCCCUGACUGGGCUGACAUCGUGAAGCACUCGGGCUUUCUCCCAGAGGGUAAGUUUACCCGCAUACUGACGGAGCCGGUGAGUCGGGACCCCGGACCCCGUAAGCGGGGCAGGAGACCCCGCGGCGAUAUGUCGAAGGCGGGCAUCCUGCUGUCGGACUCCCACUCGGGGAUGGGCCCCCUCUUCAUGAACGGGCUCAUUGGGAACAUGGACCUGAUGAGCCUGCAGAACCUGCGGAACGUUCCGGGGAUCCCGCUCAGUGGGCUGAUGGGCUUCCCCCCCGGCUUCACAGCAGUGCCCGCCGGGGAGGACACAAAGAACGGCCUGAGCAUGCUUCCCAUGAUGCUCCACGGCAUGGCGGCAGUGCAGCCCCACGUGUUUGGCGUGGGCGGACUCAUGAGUCAGUCAGCUGCCACCGGCACCCCCGCACCCUCUGCGGCUGGAACUGCAUCUGCCGCCGCCAGCCCAGCAAGCAGUUCCGACCUGGCCACACCUGGCCUCACCGGUGUAGAGACCGAGCCUCCUGGCAUGCAGGGUGGCCCGGAGGAUGGGAAGGAGGACAAGCCCCCGGUGGAGGGCAAGGCUGGUGUGGCCUGUGGCCACAGGGAGCCCCCGGCCACCCCCGUCAGCGGCUCCGGCAGCCACCUGACCUUCAACCCUUUUCUGAUCCCAGGGAUGUCCCAUGGACUGCUGUAUCCACACAUGUUCCUGCCCCACGGCGGCAUCAUGGCCCUGCAGGGCGUGGCCUGCGCCGAUGGUGCUGGCAGCCCCAAGAGGAAGAAGAAGAAGGUGCGUGAGGAGAUGGCCGAGGACGCUUUAGGGAAAGGCAGCCCGCAAACUGGCGGCGCGGCCCUGAGAGACCCGGCUCAGUGCCAGACUGAAGGCAGCGGUGCUGGUGGCAGCAGCGUGAUCGUCGAGCCUCCUGGGGAGGUGGAGCAGCGGGAGGCAGAUGCGCCCCGGCUCCACGCAGACCAGGGUCCCCGCACGCCUCCUGGGGAGGGAGUGUGCCAGGGUCCCGAGGAGACGGACACAGUGGCAGAGGACAUGGAGAAGGCCGAGGCACGGGGGCAGAGAGAGGAGCCAGACGAGGAGGGAGCGGAUGGGGGAGGAAAGUCACCCCUGCCCUCCUUCUGAACUGUAAAAGAGAAUUAGCCGUUUGUGGUGUGUAAGUCAACGGUGUUCAUGUAAAGACCUUUCUUGUCCACUUUAAUCAUGUUUAUAGAUCUCUUGUCCAGUACCAAACCUCAGACGGUCACCAAUCCACCCCCCAAACCCGCCCCGCCACGCAAAACGACCGUCGUAUUGCAUGGGAGGUUCGCAGCAGUCAGGCAUCGAUACAGAGGAGUGACCUCGUGUUCCUGCUUGCCGUGGUGACGUGGGCGGGGGCGGGGCUCGGGUUUGGUGGGCUUCCGGGUGUUUCCGCCAUGCCGCCGUUUGAAAUCGCACUACAGAUUUGGGAGGGGGGCACUGCUAACUCAGAGGUACCUAUGCAGCACAGGCCUGGUGCAGCGGCGUGGUAACAGGGUUACACAAUCGCUCCCAGAUUUAUUUUUUAUUUUUUAAACUUUAAUCUCUUCUCUACCCCCACACCCCCCUCCCCCAUCUCUUCAAGCUCAUAACAGCUCAGACUAACACAUUUCCUUUAAAAAGCACCUGAUAUGUAAUACAGAAAUUAUUGAAGCAAGCACCCAAGAAAAUUUAAGAAAAAAUAAGUAAAAGAAUUUUAAAUGCUGCUAAGAAGUUGUCCGAGGGCAGCUUUAGUUCAUCCAAGGUUGGUCUGUUGUUUUUGCUGCUAAGACAGUUUUUUUUAAUCAAGAACUUUAGAGAAAUAAAUUAUAUAUAAAUAUAUAUAUAUAAUCUAUAUACAUACGUACGUGCAUACAUAUGUAAAGAAAAUAAGGAAUCUUGUAAUGCAUCGUGUUGAAAACAGUGUAUGUCCAAGUCAAAAUUGCUUGCGUAAACAAAUGGUUAAAGAACAAGCCGCGACUUUGCUCUUUAUUUUGUUCGGGGUAUUUUUUCUAUGCUCUUUAAAACGAUUCAGUUUCAGUUACCGAAAGAUGUUCUUAUCUGGCGGGAGUCGUCGGCCCGGCACGCCUCGCCUUCCGGUGCCGAACCUUUCCCAUUCGGACCCCAGUUCAUCACCUCACACAGGACCAGUGAGCCCGUGCCGUAGUGGACUCUGACAGGACAGGAGCCUCCUGAAGUAGGCGGAGGGGUGUGUGUGUUUGUGUGUGAGUUUGUGUAAAAGGGGGGGGGAUGUUUGUUUUAUGUGCAGAAAUUAAAAUAUGUUCAUUCCCAUCUGUCUGUUCACACUAAGGAGAGAUGUUUGGGUUUGCUCGGAUUGAACUGUGGGGGAGUGCCCAUUAAUAUAACGCUUUCGUCUGGUUUCCCCAAUGCAUUUUAGAAUACACUAGAAUAGAUAUUGAUAGGGAUUUUCAAAAUGUAAAUUGAUCUAUAUAUUGUUUAUUUGUUUACAAGCAUGUCUUGUUUUUACUUAAUUGAGUUUGUAUUAAAAAAACACGAAAUUGCCAGUAUUUCUGAUAAUUAAGCAUACUCUAGAAGGACACACAAAUCACCUUUUCUUCUAAAAAUUUCAAAACAGGGUGUUGAAUUUGGCAACUUUCACCUAAAAAAAAAAAAGAAAAAAAAAAACAAUAAGGUCCUUUUCAGUAUGAAAAUGUUUUUUUGCAAAGUCCUGUUGGUGAAUGUCUUACCUGUAAAUGUAACAGUCUCAGCCAUUUGAAGCAUUUUAUAUAUAUAUAUAAAAAAAUUGAGUUUAAUUUCUGCGUGUGUAUGCGCGCAUGCAUGCGUGCGCAUCAACACAGCACCACCUGUGGAGAAAGGUUGCCGUAGUUCUGUAUUUAGGACACCUGUCUUGCCCCUCUUCACCUACGUUGUUCGAGAUGUUGUUGCCUUGUCACAGCUUGUGACAUUAUAAUUUAUUCGUUUUGCUUUUGCCAAACUUUCACCAAAUAUGACAUUCUCUUUUUUAUCCUUUUUUAAACUUAGGUCAUUAUAUUAAAAUUACAAAUGCCUUAUUUAGUGUUAUAUAUAUAGAUGUUUUUUUCUACAUCUCCAUAUCAGAAAGUAUAUAUCAAGGUAUGUAAUAUAGAGCUUGAUUCUGUCGGAAAAAAGCGAUUCACACUGAUGUAAAUUUCCCAUCGGUCGUGUGCACAAUUCCCCAUUAAUCCCACCACAGUUACAAAUUAAUGUAGAAAGCGUUUGGUUUGACUUUUUUAUUCAAACACAAAAUGUUCGGCCAGAUGUUGAGUUUAACAUUUGUUUUUGAUAAACGGGUUAAGCACAGAUGAUAACCGGCAUGUAAGUAGUUGAAUAUGUAUUCGACUGUUGUCAGCGCUUUUGAGCGGCAUGUUCCGCUGUUGAUUGUGAUGUUGACAAUCGGCUAAUUGGUCACGACCAAUCGCUAAAAUCACACGCAAACCUUAAAAGGUAAAGCUGCUCGUUUUGUAAAUUUUUUUUCAUUUCCUUUUUUCUUUCUUCUGAUGUCUCCGAAACACUCCGGUUGUGGCUGCGACUGUGCUAACUCAUUUUGCGUUACUGAUGAAUCGAAAUAAAAUAAAUGAAGGCGAUCAAUUGUAAAAGAGCGAAUGCAUUUCAAAAGCCGUCUAGGUUUCACUUCGUAGAUGAACAUAGUGUUUAAUUAAAAGGUCAUCCUAAUGCAAACUGUUGCCUGUUGGAAAUAUUGUCUUGCAAAAAAAUGUUUGAUUAUUCUUGUAUCUUCGAAUAAAUGUGCCCCAGGCUAUUGGGAAAACUGCCUGGCCACAUGUAAAAUCCAAGUUUACUUCAUCCUCCCUCCCACUGGGUCAUAAAACCGAAACUCUUGUAUGUAAAAGAGAUGACACUUUGGAGCAGUAUAUGACUAAUAUUGUGAAGGUCAAAGAAUAUUUAUUCAUUUUUUUUUCAUGUCGCCAUUUACUUUAUGUAUUUUUUUUCUUAAGUAAUUUAUCCAAAGACCAGGAUGUUUUGGACUCAUUUGUAUUUCAGAUGUAUUUAUUGUACACUUCUGUCUUAUAACACUUUUUUUUUCUCCCCUCUCAUUUUUUUAGUUGUACUCUGACUAAUUAGGGUUCAGGAAAAAUGCUUUGCUGGUUUCUACGGCACAUUCAGGCUCUGACGCUGUUUCCUGUUAAAAAAAAAUAUAUAUAUCAUAUUUAUUUGCUUUUAAUAUUUUUGCUCCUGGUGGAUGCAAGAAUAGUUUAAUUAGUUAAAAAAAAAUUAUAACUUAAAUGUACUGAUACCAUAAGUACUUGGCAAAUAGGCGUAUACCUGCCAAGUACACUGUCUAAGGGUUGCGCUUAAGGUCAGAGCUAAAAUCGUUAAAAUUACAUUUUCACUUUUUUUUUUUUCUCCCAGGCCAGGAAGCUUCCGGUAAUAGCUGUGCACCGCACACACGUACAUCGCACACAUGCUCUACAGAGUGUACUCACAAGAAAGGAUACAGGCCCUUAGCGUUCUAGAUUGAGCUCUGUCACUUACUGACGCCAUUGCACUUGGCUUUCCUGUGAGGAUGCUUUGCAGCGUAUUCAGUUAUGUCCAUGCACCUGAACUCAGACCCCCAUCAGCGUGUUACUCGGGGUUGGGUGACUACAUACAUGUUCUGGGGGGUUUUUUUCCCACAGCUGUUUGCCUUAGAACAUAGUUCUUUUGUUUAGAUCAUGCAAGGCCAGUGUUCCCCAGGUGGAUGUACUGUAAGCUCUUAGUUUCAUUCAACCAAGGGUACUGUAUUUGGGAUCAUGUGCUACAAUAAUAAUAAAAUGUACUCUGUGUUGGUCUAAAAUCGGCAGCAAUGUUGGUUUUUUUACGGCAUUGUGGUUUUUAUUUAUUUUUAUUUUGUUGAAUUAGCUCCUGUAUUCCCAUGUGGACCAAUCACAUAACUAAGAACAUGGUAUGUGAUCUUUUAUUGUGCAAUAAAAGAUGACCUUCAACUUUCAAAA